GUGCUGGCGCGCUGACGUCACGGCGGGCGGGGCCUGCGGGUCGCGGAGCGGAGCGGGAAACGCUAUGGACGGCGUAGCGGGAGGUGCCCCAGAAAUGGAAGAGCCGCCGAAAGAAGAUGUCCCGCUACAUGAUGAGUUUCUGCUCUGCGGCGGAAUCGUAACCCACGUCCUGAAAUGUGGGCCCUGGUCCGACCUCUUCAACACGGAGGAUCCCAAGGCCCCAAAGCUGCUCAUCCUCAUUAUCCCAGGUAACCCGGGGAUUCCCGCCUUCUACGCGGAGUUUUUGAAGGCCUUGUACCUGAGCCUGGAGAAGCGAUACCCGGUGUGGGCCAUAAGCCACGCCGGCCACAUCUCCGCGCCCAGCGGGGCCCGGGUGCGGGAGGAGAGCCCGGAAGACCCGAGUUCGAAGACACCGGACGAUGCCUUUGGCCUUGAAGGCCAAGUGGAGCACAAGCUGGCCUUCCUGAGGAAGUGCGUGCCCAGCAGCCUGCGCCUUGUGAUCAUCAGCCAUUCGGUGGGCAGCUACAUCCUGCUGGAGAUGAUGAAGCGAGGGCCUCAGCUCCCGGUGCUCCGCUCCCUGCUGCUGUUCCCCACCAUCGGCGCGGGCGGCCCACGGCAAGACGCUGCUGGCCGCCUGGGUGCUGCAGAGGCUGAAGAUGGAGAAACGGUCACCGGCCGCCAGAACUUCGCCAACAUGGCUGCAUGUGAGUGGCGCGGGCCGUCCCGGGACCAGGAGAUGAAGGUCAUCGUGGAGAGGGACAACGCCACCAUCCAGAAGCACUUAAAGAAGCUGAUCUUUUACUACGGCAAGUCGGACUUGUGGUGCCCGGUCCAGUACUAUGAGGACCUGAAGAAGGACUUCCCCGGCGGGGACAUCAAGCUCUGCGAGAAGGGCAUCCAGCACGCCUUUGUCCUGUCUUCCAACCAGGAGAUGGCCGCCCUGAUUGCCGACUGGUUACGGGAUGACCUGAGCAAGCUCUAGGCCGGCCCGGGCCAGAGGGCCUCUCCAGGGGCCGGAGGCCGGAUCGGGCCGCGCCGGAUUCUGCUGGGGCAGCCACAGCUAAUGGGGUGAGCACUUAGGAACCUGCCCUGGAGGAAUCAACCUUGAUUGUUCUUGGUGACGGGAAGGAAAUGUUCAGGGACCGACCCAGUGAGCAGAUACCGGGCCAUCCGCGCCAUCACGGUGCAGUUUCUUACAGUUAGAAAAGAAAAGUACCCGAGAAGGGGGAGCCCGGAGGUGGCGUUGGAAGGGGUGCCUGCAAGGGCCCGGUCCCCCCGGCUCAGAGGGUGGAGCAGAGAACGUCCCAAUGUGACGGCUCCGGUCCCCUCGCCUGGCCGGCAAUGGCCUUGGCGAUGCCUUUUGAGACGCCGGCCCCUCAGAGCUGGGGUGCUGGCCUGGGAGGCGGGACCACAGGGCUCGGGAGACGGGAGAAGGAGGCUUAGACCAGGGUCACUGAGGUCCUUCCCAGAGUGCCCGGGAACCGAGACCCAAAGGUGGUGUCCGAGGGACACUCCUGCGGGUAGAGCCUUGGUGAAGGGCAGAGCACCCAGACUAGCAGGCCUUCUGCCUCCCCUCCUGUCUGAGCUUUGACUCCUUGUCCUGAAA